AUGGGGAGAGCGCCUUGCUGUGACAAAGCGAGUGUGAAGAGAGGUCCGUGGUGUCCCGAAGAGGAUGCAGCCCUGAAGAAUUACGUGGAGAAUCAUGGCACCGGUGGCAACUGGAUUGCACUGCCUCAGAGAGCAGGUCUCCUCCUCCUGCUCCGCAAACGUUUUUUCCUGCUUCAGAAGCCUUCUCUCCAUCCCCCACUCCUUUUUACCCCAAUGUCGUCCUCCCGAGCUUCGUUGUCUUAAUUUCUUUCAUUGUCAGAUUAAAGAGCCUUCCUUGCUUGUGUCGAUAACUCUUUUAUUGUGCUCCUUUCAUCUCCAUCCGUGGCGACGAUGGCCUAUUCCUUUAAAAUUUUCGCCUUUUUUCUCAACGGCAUUCGGUUUUGAGUCUUUCAGACCCUGCUCUCUUCCUUCCCUUCUGUGUUCUUUCCCUCGGGCUUCUCCUUGUUCAGUAGAGAGCAGAGAAAUCAGGGAUCGGAGAAAUUGUGACGACUUGCGUCUUCGAUUUUCCAUCUCCCCUUUUCCUUUCUCUCAAUCUAGACCCCCAAGUCGGUCUCGACAAUGUUUCAUCCCGAUCGUUUGACAAAUUUCCACACCAAAUCCUUCUAACUUUUUCAAUCGAAAUAUCGUGUUUUUUCUUGACACGAAGAUCGCCGGCGGAAUACCCGGAAUUAUUCGUCAUGAGAACGGAAAUAUUCCCCAAUAUACUUUCUCGAAUCUAAAUUUUGUUUCAUUACUUUCCUGCACCAGGCCUCAAGCGCUGCGGCAAGAGCUGCCGUCUGAGAUGGCUCAACUACCUCCGCCCUGGAAUCAAGCAUGGUGGCUUCUCUGAGGAGGAAGACAAUGUCAUAUGCUCUCUCUUCAAGACCAUAGGCAGCAGGUGACUUCCCUCCUCCCUGUUCUUCCUUGUUCUUGAGAGAUGUGAGCCCUCCUCUGGUUUUAUCGCACUAAAAUUGUUCUGCUUGUGGUCUGCUCAAGGUGGUCCGUCAUUGCCUCGCACCUUCCCGGAAGAACAGACAACGAUGUGAAGAACUACUGGAACACCAAGUUGAAGAAGAAGAUGCAGGCGGGGCAGGCUGACGUCUACUCCAUCACCAACAGAAACGAUAGCCUGAUCCGUCAGACCCCUUCCCCGCCUCCCCUCCCUCGCGCCAUGCCCCUCGUGAAGUCCGAGAACUACGGCUUCGGCUCCUUCUCUAUGUCCUCCAAGAACUACGGCUUCGGAUCCUUCUCCAUGUCCAACGAGAACAGCUCUUCAUCUACAUUGACAUCAGUGGACGCCGGUCUUGGGUUUGACUCCAGCAAACUCGUGCCGGACUCGGGAUCCUUCACGACGCUGGCGCACGCCGACCUCUCGAGCUGCGGCGGCAGCGCCGCCGCUUACGCCUUCUCGCCAUCCCAGGACAUAUCCGCAGGCUCCUCUUCUCUCUCCACGGAGAACAGCAACAGCUACGUCUCGUGGCCCGGCAAUGGUGGAGGAGGGAUUGACGCCUUUCUCAUGGACCUUGGACUGGAGUCGGUGGACUUGCUCUGCCCCCCCGGAGGGUACAGCCUCUUGGACUAG